AGGAGGAGGACAGAUGAAGAGAUCCUGCUGAGAAGUGUGAGUGCCCUGGAAGCUUUCAUCAGCCUGUUCCAGCCUUCCUGAGACAAGCAAUGCCUGCGGGGAUGAAUAAGCAUGGAUCUCGAUCGACUACCUCUUUGCCUCCCGAUCCCAUGGAGAUUGUCAGGAGCAAGGCCUGCUCCAGAAGGGUCAAGCUUAAUGUGGGUGGCUUGGCCCACGAGGUUUUAUGGAGAACCCUGGACAGGUUGCCACGGACAAGGUUGGGUAAGCUCAGAGACUGCAACACCCACGAAACCCUUAUGGAUAUAUGUGACGACUACAACUUGGAGGAGAACGAGUAUUUCUUUGAUAGACACCCAGGGGCAUUUACUUCUAUCUUGAACUUUUACCGCACUGGCAAGCUGCACAUGAUGGAGGAAAUGUGUGCCUUGUCCUUCAGCCAAGAACUGGACUAUUGGGGGAUUGACGAGAUCUAUCUGGAGUCCUGUUGCCAGGCAAGGUACCACCAGAAGAAGGAGCAGAUGAACGAGGAGCUCAAGAGGGAAGCGGAAACAAUGCGAGAGAGGGAAGGAGAGGAAUUUGAUAACACCUGCUGCGCCGAGAAGAGGAAAAAGCUCUGGGACCUUCUGGAGAAGCCCAAUUCUUCUGUAGCAGCCAAGAUUUUGGCAAUCAUUUCCAUCAUGUUCAUCGUCCUUUCUACAAUUGCCUUGUCACUCAACACUCUUCCUGAGCUCCAAGGCACAGAUGAAUAUGGAAAUCCCACCGAUAACCACCAGUUAGCCCAUGUUGAAGCUGUGUGCAUUGCAUGGUUUACAAUGGAAUACCUCUUACGGUUCCUCUCCUCUCCUAAGAAAUGGAAGUUUUUCAAAGGGCCGCUGAAUGCUAUUGACUUGUUAGCCAUCUUGCCAUACUACGUCACCAUCUUCCUCACAGAGUCAAACAAAAGUGUACUUCAGUUCCAGAACGUGCGGAGGGUCGUUCAGAUAUUCCGUAUCAUGAGGAUACUCCGAAUUCUCAAGUUAGCUCGGCACUCCACCGGUUUGCAAUCCCUGGGAUUUACGCUGAGGAGAAGCUACAAUGAGCUUGGGCUGCUCAUUUUGUUUCUGGCCAUGGGGAUUAUGAUAUUUUCGAGCUUAGUGUUCUUUGCAGAAAAAGAUGAGGAGGAUACGAAAUUCAAGAGCAUCCCAGCAUCCUUCUGGUGGGCAACCAUAACUAUGACAACAGUUGGCUAUGGAGACAUCUACCCUAAAACCCUCUUAGGUAAGAUCGUCGGUGGCUUGUGUUGCAUUGCUGGUGUCUUAGUCAUUGCUCUCCCUAUACCAAUCAUUGUAAAUAACUUCUCUGAGUUCUACAAAGAGCAGAAGAGGCAGGAAAAAGCCAUCAAGCGCAGAGAAGCUCUUGAAAGAGCAAAAAGAAAUGGGAGCAUUGUGUCCAUGAAUAUGAAGGAUGCUUUUGCUCGUAGUAUAGAACUGAUGGACAUAGUGGUUGAGAAAAAGGGAGAAAAUGCAGGCAAAAAGGAUAAAAUUCAGGACAAUCACUUAUCCCCAAGCAAGUGGAAAUGGGCCAAGAGAUCUCUCUCCGAAACUAGCUCCAACAAAUCUUUAGAGACAAAGGAACAAGGGUCGCCAGAAAAGGCUCGCUCAUCUUCCAGUCCUCAGCAUCUGAAUGUUCAACAGCUGGAAGACAUGUACAGCAAAAUGGCGAAAGCUCAGUCCCAGCCCAACCUCAACAUGAAGGAGUCAGGCCAACCCAACAAGCAAAAGGAAGAAUUAGAAAUGGAAGCUAUUCCUGGCCCUAUGGUCCCUUUGCUGACCACUCGGGCAGAUGGAAUAAUUGACAUGAGGAGCAUGUCAAGUAUUGACAGUUAUAUAAGCUGUGCUACAGAAUUUCCUGACUCCGGGAGAUAUUCCCAUAGCCCACUAACUACGCUGCCUAACAAAGGUGGGAUAAAUCCACUUCAGGAUCCAUAUAGGCCAGAGGGAAGCGGGUCCAAAUUCAUGGAGAUAAAACCAAAUCUAGAAAGCAGUCGUUGCUCUACAUUUUUCAUAGAGAGCCCCAAAAGUACCAUAAAAGUCACCAAUCCUCUAAAAUUAAGAUCCCUGAAGGUUAACUUUAUGGAAGAGGAUGCCAUAGGACCAACAGCAUCAAACGUCUUGAGAAUAUACCCAGAUCCCCUCAAGAGCAAAGGAGCAGCAGGAGCAGCUACAGAUAGUUCUGGCCACUCUGAUCGGUCUUUAAUGAGUCCAGAAACCUCUAUCUAUACUACUGCAAGUACUCGAACACCCACAAAAUCCCCCGAGAAGCAUGCAGCAAUAGUUUUCAACUUCCACGAUGCUGGGAUACAUAAAUACAUUGACGCCGACACUGAUGAUGAAGGUCAGUUGCUGUAUGACUCAAGCCCUCCCAAAGCCCCACCAGGAAACCCAGCUCCCAAAUACAGCAUUACACACGGUGGCUAUUUAAGGCAAAGGGAUAGUGUUUAUAGAACAGAGAAGAACCACUUAGAGACUGCUGCUUUACCCUCCUCACCCAAGCUAAUUGGGCAAAAUUGCCUUUAUUCCAUGGAAAGUAUCACUGGAAGAACCCGUGGUAACCAGGAAACUAUCAAAUUAGAGAACCACAUUUCACCCGAGGUUCACAUAUUACCGGGUGGAGGAGGACAUGGUAACACACAUGAUCAAAAGAUCUGACAUGUAACCCAGAACUUUUGGUGAAAGCUGAAAAGGAAUGCCUUUACACUCAACACACGAAGAAGAGCUUCUGCAUGGCAUGAACUUUUGACUGAAACAAGCCACCUGUUUUUUAAAAGCAAGAGGAUGCCCUCAAGGUGGGCUCAGGAAUAAGUCCUUCUCUGGAUCCACUACAAAGUUACUGCCCACAGCCAUCAACUGAAACGAAGAUUGUGCAUCUUGGUCAUAAUUUGAUCUCCUUUCAACUUCCUUCAUUGAAGUUAGUGUGAUCAAAUAUUCCAUUCACCCCCCCCCCUUUUGAUGGAUCUCUUAUAUGUGGCAGUAUCAGCAUCCGACACUGCAGUACCCCUUUAAAGGAGACCAAGGUGGCCAGAGUCAAAUACUGGAAGAAAUGGUUAGGCGUGGUAAGAAUAAUCAGUGAUGCAACACUUUUUGCAUGAGGGCAACUGUUUCAAACAUCCCCAGCUAUGCCUUCUUCUCUGAGGGAUACGAGGUCUAAAGGUAACAGAACGGGCUGGUUAAAUUGCGGAUUCAGUGAAUUGAGAAAUAAACUGUUUAAAUUCUCUGUGUGUGCUUAAUACUUCGAGAUUCAUUGAGACCUGAAGUUUUCUUUAUAAAAAAGUAACAGCAGGGUGAGUUGCACCACUUGUAUCUAAAUCCAAAACACCCCUUCAAAAUUAUAGCUAAGAAUAGCACUUAUUACUGCUCAUAGUAACACCAAAACAGAGAUCAGGAAAGCAGUUUUUAAACUGAGAUUAGAAAGGCAGUUUUCAAACUGAAAAGACAAUGGGUUUGGGUGUGUGAAGGAAGCAUUGUUCUGCUGUUAUGGGUGAGAGGGUUUGGUUGGUAUUCUUAGAAGGGAGCAACCAAGAUGUAGCUGACCCUUUUGUGUGUUGGGGGAAGGCUACUACCCAAAACCACAGCCAUAAUGUAAACGAAAGGACAGUGCAACCACUAGAGAUUCUGACCAAAGCAUUAAGCUGGGAGUCCAUACUGGUUUUAUGAUUGUCUCCAGCACAAAAGGGGCUAAAGUUAAUAGUAUGAAAAGGCAUUAAAUGUCGGCUCCCUGAAUUAUUUGCACAUCCUUUCAUGGCUUACACCUAAUCUGUUAUCCAUGAGAGAAGAAUCUUUCUGCCACAUUUUGCACUUAAAUAGCGCAGAAUGAAAAGAUAUGCAAGUUUUAAAAACAUAAAUAUGCAAAAAUAGUAACAACAAUCUUAAGCAAUGAGCCUGAUCCUCCUCUCAUUUAGACUGGUUGUGAAUCAUAAGAGGCUCCCGCUGGAGUUUCACAGGUGUGGCGUAAAUGAGAAGAGAAUCAAGUUUCAAAUAUUUUGUUUUUAAACUGGCCAUUUUAAAGAAAACCAUAAAUACCAGCUUGGAUUUAUAACGUAGGCUGGUAUAUUAAAUCUUGUAUCAUUUAGGUUUGCUGAUAUCAAAAGCACUUUAUGUUGAUUUUAUUAUUGCGUUUGACAAAGGUGGCGUAGAGAAGCAGAGAGAAUGUAUUUUUUUAAAUAAAAAACAAACAACCUAGCACUUUAAAACAAGCACUAUCUUGAUUUGUGCCUCGUCACAUCUGUGAUUUGUUACCCACCUGGUAACGAACUGCGAUAACUGUGAUGAUAACACUUAAUGUUGUGUCCAUUGUUGCUGUAGUAUAUGUGUCAUUGAAAGUUUGACUUCUCUUUCAGGGUACACUGUACUCUGAUGUGGACUCAAAGUCUAGUAUAAGAGGUGGGCAGUAGAAGGAGAAACUUUAGGUCACUGCCUUCCCCCCAAUAAACACAUGUGAAAUAGACAUGAACUAAACUUCGGAGCAAGUUGGUAAAAGUAGUAUAGAGAAAUGUCAUGUUCUUGUUUUCCUCCUUCAAUAAUAAUGUGGGUUUUGUUCAGUUUUUCUAGGAAAAUAUCAAAAUAUUCCAUAUGGGCUAUAUACAAUAUUUUCACUGGCCAUAUUCAAGGACUGAGGUUUAAAAACCUGGGAAUAGUGAAGUUUUUUGGCCAGUACAUCAAAUUAAGGUUGCUUCCAGCUGGGUGUAUAUUAUGGAAUGGGUGCUCCUCAUGCAUGCAGAUUUUUCGCAGCAUCCACAUUACAUUGCUGGCAUCAAAAUGCUGGCCUGUAUUCUCUCCUGCCCCCCGUAUCAUCUGGAUUUAGCCUUCCCCGGGUGAAACCCAAAACAUUUUUAAAAAACACCUGUUGUCAGUGACCUGUGUGCAGUAUCUGAAUGGCCCAUUUACAAUAUUAAGCCUCCAUUUGGAAGCACAGUAACCUUUUUAGACAUGGGUGUUUUAUCAGUGAUGUGCAUUGCACCUACAGUGAUGCAUAAACCACCUGCAUGCUACAGGCCUCGAGGCUCAAUUUUUCUGAAACGAAAAGCUGUCAGUAAUAUAUUGCACCCCUGAAAAAGACUACCCCACUAUCUGGAUAUACAUGUUUCGUCAAACAGUUACGUUUCCGAUGUCAUAUAGUCGUUGGUUGGUCAUGACUGUCAUUCUUGUCCAUUCAAGCUGUACUGUACUCUUGCCUCUAAUGCACACAGCGUGGAUGGACAAAAGCAAUAAGCGCAUUGGGGUUGUCAUUAUCGCUUUGUUAAGUUAGACCUCUGGCUGGCACAAUAUUAUAUGUAGGUAUGGAGAUGUUGCACAUUGGCUGAAUUAUUCAGUAAUCCAGUAUUGUUGGGAUUACUGAAUAAUUUCCCAAUAUUUCCAGAGAGGCCUUACAGUUACGCUAUUGUCCUAUUCACUCACAUGCGCAUAAGACAGAUCAAGAUAUGGAUAAGCUCAAAUUGUGUACAGUUUAGGCCAGUAAAAGUCAGAUAAGCUCCUUUCCGUGCAAGAAGUGGCACAGUCAGCAGCCAAAAAUGCACCUCUAUAU